UUUUCCCUUUCUCCCCGUCUUCUCCCUUUCCCUCUCCCAGUUCACCGCAGCACAAGCGAAUGGGCCUUGGGAUGCGCACCUCUCCGGCCUGGCCACCCCCAGUCCCCACUCCAGUCGCACGGAUCCUCUCCAUUGGGAGGAACGAGCCAUUUGUACAUUUCCCACACCAGUGAUUCUAUGUCUUCAUUCAUAAAUCCAGUGACUUGCCAUGGCUCUCCUCCCCAGGUGCCCACACACCUUUCUCCACGGCUUCCCUGCCAAACAGGAUGCCAAGGGGAGGCCCGGCGCCAGGCUGGGAUCUGCAGGGACCAGUUGGGAGGCAUCCCGCUGUCCUCCCCCUCGCAGCUGCCUUGCCUCUGAGCUGCCACCCCAAGCUGACUCACCCAGAGGAGAACUGCGGGGUGGUGGCAGGAGGAGGAGUUGAGGUGGGGGGAGGAAACCCGCCCUCGGCGGCUGCACACUUAGCCUAGACGCAGCAGAGCUGGGGACAGUUAAUUACAGAGAGCGGCUGCCGGCUUUGGGGCGCCCUGGCUUGGCCUCCUUCGCGGCACUACUGUGCUUGCUAGGCUCCAAGUUGACGCGACUUUUCCAAGAGUAUCUGGAAGGCCUGAAUAGAAACUUCAGGGGUUCCGGGACCGGCCGGGCCGAAGGAGCUUCCCUUCCCCACGCCCUCGCCCUUCCAGGGAUCAGCCUGGCCAGGGGCGCGCCUUGGCGCGAGGUGGGCACCGCGCUGGCUCAGCGGAGACCAGAGUUUGGGGAAGGCUUCCUGCCCACUGAAAAGACUUUGCGGGAGCUAGGGCCCAGGGCACGGGGGCGUCGGCGGGGGUCUGCGCGGCAGGAGGGGUGCGCGCUGCCUGCGAGCUCCCGCCCGGGGCGGUCUCCACCUCCUCUGGCGCUCGGACCUAUGAGUGCGCGGCUCAACUUCCAGCUCCGCGGCCCGGGAGGUGAGCGCGUGUGAGCGCCGAGGGGCGCGGGACCUCCAAACUCCUUCGCGGGACCCAGACCGCCCGCGCCGUCGCCGCCCGCGGUCCGCGCCGCCCCGACGGGAUGCCCGCGGCCAUGCUGCCCUUCGCUUGCGUCCUGGUGCUGCUGGGAGCUAGCACCACGGAGGCCAUGGGGAGCAGCCGCUUGCGCUGGGAGCCCCGCUGCCAGCAGCCAGUGUCCGAGGGCACGCCUGUCACUGCCGUCUUGCCCCCGCGCCUCGAUGGGCCCUGGAUCUCCACUGGCUGUGAAGUGCGCCCAGGACCAGAGUUCCUCACCCGCUCCUACACCUUCUACCCCAAUCGCCUCUUCCGCGCCUACCAGUUCUACUACGGGGACCCCUCCUGCCAAGAGCCCACCCACUCACUGCUCAUCAAGGGCAAAGUCCGCCUGCGCCGGGCCUCCUGGGUCACCCGGGGUGCCACAGAAGCUGACUACCACCUGCACAAAGUGGGCAUUGUCUUCCACAGCCGCCAUGCCCUGCUUGAUGUCACCAAGCGCGUCAACCAGACUUGGGCGGACCAGGACUGUGUGGGGCGGCUGCCCCAGGCCAGAGCCUGGCUGCCUGGGGCAAUGUACGAGCUGCCGAGCACCCGGGCCCAGGGGGACUGCAUGGCGGCGCUGGGCUUCAGCAUGCACGAGCUCAGCCUGGUCCGCGUGCAACGCCACCUGCAGCCACAGCCCCGGGCUGUGCCCCAGCUGGUCGAGGAGCUCUACCUGGGAGACAUUCACACCGACAGGGCAGAGAGGCAGCACUACCGGCCCACGGGGUACCAGCUCCCGCUGCAGAGCGCCCUGCACCACGCGCGGCCCUGCCCCGCCUGCGCCCUCGGAGGCUGGGCCGUGGGCGUCGAGCGCGACGUCACGGCCACCAACGGGUGUGCGGCGCUGGGCAUCCGGCUGCCGCACGUCGAGUACGAGCUCUUCAAGGUGGAGCGCGACCCCCGCGGGCGGAGCCUGCUCUUCAUCGGACAGAGGCCCUCGGACGGCUCGAGCCCCGACACCCCGGAGAAGCGCCCCACCUCCUACCAGGCCCCGCUGGUGCUGUGCGGGGGACACGCCCGGGACGCCCCCAGGCCCGCGCCGCACAGGCCCCCCAGCCGCGGGGGCCCGUGCCUCCGAGCUGUCCCUGUCCCCCUUCUGCUCCUGCUUCCGGGGCUGACCUUCCUCGGGCUAUGACCUCAUCGGCCUCCUGCUCCAAGGCGGCCGGACAGCGCUGAGCCUCGGACUCCCGCCAGGCCGGAGCCCCUCGCCGUCCGGGAAGGAUCGGCUGUCCUCCUGCCCCUGUGCCGGGCGCCGUGGGCGGCCUGGCCAGCUGUCGGCUCAGCCUGCGCCCCACGUGGCUACCUGCGAAGUCCGGCUGCCCCUGGAUGCGGGAUGAUGGCCCCUGCUGUCUGAGUUUCUAAACGCUCGCCCCGGUUUUCACACUCUCCUCAGCUUUGGUAGUUGGAGGACAGGUGCCAGCCAGGGGGCCACCCUGAGGGUCCCUGCCCAACGGCUCCCUGCCCCGCUCUCUUCCUCGCCCUUGAGAUUGUGGAAUGGGACGGCUGAGAUCCUGCGGAGCCUUUGGGUUGUGGUUUAAAGUUUAUUAACUCAGACUUAGCAACACAGACUCAGAGCGAGACCAUGAAUUAAAGAUGCCGCUUCAGGCUUUCAGUACUUCUCAGCUUUCUGGUAAAGGGCUGGUCUCUUUGGGGGCGACUCGGCUUCUUGAGUUCUGACUGCUGGCAUUUGCCGGCAUCUGCCUGUGCUUCUGCGAAUCAAACCUCAAGCUGUCAGCGCUGCGUGCGGAUAAAUCCAGUCCUCCAGGGCCAGUGUGCAAGAGGAGAGGGCUCCAUCUGAGCUGAGACUUGUGGCCUCCUCCGGCAGGCCGCGGCCUCUGAGGCUGCCUCCCCGCAGAACACCAGCGAGCGCGGGGCUGCGCUGGGGGCAGGUCUGUGGAGGAGAGCCGCGUUCCCAGCCUUUGAAAAGUAAUUAAUACUAAUGACAGCAGCAGCACCAACAUGCUCUGUAAUUAGCCCUGCGCCACCAUCCUAGUUUGCAGAUUUUCUGUGCUGGGCUGACAAAGGAGAGACUCCAGGCUACAUCUUUGGGGCCACCCUAGAAGGGGUCAAGGACCCCACCAGGCCCAGGGAGCUUGGCCUCACCCAGCUGCCUCACUGCAACACUAAUGUACUGGUGCCCUCAGUUCAGCGGGGUGUGUCAUGGUGGGGACAGGCCCUGGCCCUCUGCCCAGACUGUGGAAUGAACCGGCAUGGUGGUAGGCUGGAGAGUUCACCCUCUUCCUCCUCCCGAUCCCUAUCGCUGACUGCUGUCCCAGACCUUGAAGAACACUCUUUUGUGAGGCUCAUGACGCCUUCCCAGGGAAGCCCUUGUCCUCGCUGAGAUUGCGGAGUCUUCGAUCAACCCGCUAAAAUUGCUCAAACGUAUUACUCAUUGUUGAGGGGACAUGAAACCCCACCAAUAUGCUCUGUAGGGCUCAGACAGCUAUGAGUGUCCCUGGCAUAUGUACCAAAGUACAAGAAAGAACUAGAUUAUUUAUGGUCUUAGGCAGCACUGGGAUGGGCGAGUUCCCAGCGGGGAUGAUGGUGCCUGUCGACAGUAUGUCCACAGUUGAGCAGGUCCUGUAUCUGAGGCUUGAAGGAAGCAUGACACCAUUUAUCAUCAAAUUUGAAUCUUUUAAUAAAAUUAAACAGCCUGAAAAAUGUUCUUGCUGGCUAUUAAAGUCAACCAAGGGGAUUAAGGUUCUAACGAAAGGAACUGAAGCGUCCGACAGGGGAUGUGUGAAGGAGAAUAAAACCAGUGGAGGGAAA